GGGAUGGAUCUAUUUCAUGCACCAUCUGUGCUGCAGUAAGAAUUGGCUGGUUGGGUUUCCUAUCUGUCCGCAAUUCAGUUCUCAGCUGGAUUGCAGGCUGCUUUGGCAAACGACAACGGCCAACGCCGCCUUCUGAAUUCAGUUGGAUAUCUGUAAUGGGAAAGCCAAUCCUUAAUGAGGAUGGAAGCUGCACAAUUGCAUCAUGCACGAUGUGCAUCGAAGCACAACACAGGCUUGCUUUUGAGAGGGUAAAUGGCAGAGGAUCUUUUACUUUCAAAGCAAAGGUCCCUGCAGAACUUAAAAAGGCUUGCUCCAAGCGUGGAAUUUGGAACCGCGAAGAUGGGGCUGAUAUUCGUGAGAUUCUGAAGGCGAUUGCUCAAAAAGGCGGUGUGCUAACUGAACGCGUGCCUAAUAAUAUCAAGCUACCAAUAAGUGGUUAUCAUUGUUUGCAUGAUAUCGGUGGCUUUCAGUUAAUGAGGCUUAUCUGUGCACAUGGUCCCGUAAUUGGAAUACUAUGGGCAGAACUUGAUGAUUAUGACAGAGCCAUUGGUGACAUUGUUUAUAGACGAACACCAAUGGAGUAUAGGUUUCCUAAUUCUGGCGCCUACCAUGCUGUUGUGUGCUUUGGCUACAAGUAUGACCCUCAAAGGGAAGAACUGCACAUACGAGUUAUGGACAAUCAUGCUGAAGAUGGUCCUCUCAGAUGGAUAUCAUUUGCAGCAUUAGAGGAGUUUUACCUGCCUUUGAUACCAGAACCUGUUGAACUUCAUAAGUUACGCAGGAAGAAGAAAAGGGAAGAGCAUAGUGUAUCAGCCUAUGUCACCCAUAGUAUGGUCACUUUGGAGAAGAAGCUCAUGACGUGGAUCAGAUGCCGUGAGCUUGACAGGUUCUACAAGCCUAGGCAGCAAGAUGUUUUUCUGCUGGACAAUAAGUUGCGACAUGGACCAGAGCACCGCCAGUCCCGGACAGCGACUUCUAACAAGAGGUAGAGAGCCUGACCAAGUCAAGACAAGGGAGGUAGCUGCAGUGGUGAGAAAUCAGGUGAGAAGUGAGAACCCAAAUCAACACACUGCUCGGGGAAACUGAGUCCGACUGCUGCCUGUGAGUAUGAUGAGCAUUACUAAGUGAAAGAGGUAGAUGGAGAAUUAGGCAUACACUGACGAGAUAGAUAGGCGUAUACUUGUGUAUACUUCUUCUGAUGGCACAAACUGCUGGUGCCAAUAGGAUGAUCUGUAGCUGCGCUGCUCCAUUGUAAAGUCCCGACUUGGUACAUUGAUUCUUUUGUGAAUUGUGAUCACAUUCUCUUAACUACUGCUUCCUGAGAUAAUUGAUUCUUUUGUAAAUUGUGAUCACAUUCUGUUAAGUACUAGCUUCUUGAGAUAACUUUAUUGUCUAACAGCUU